GCCACCAUGGCAUCAGAUGAAGGCAAGCUUUUCGUUGGAGGGCUGAGUUUUGACACCAAUGAGCAGUCGCUGGAGCAGGUUUUCUCAAAAUAUGGACAGAUCUCUGAAGUGGUGGUCGUGAAAGACAGGGAGACCCAGCGAUCUCGGGGGUUUGGUUUUGUCACCUUUGAGAACAUUGAUGACGCCAAGGACGCCAUGAUGGCCAUGAAUGGGAAGUCUGUAGAUGGGCGGCAGAUCAGAGUUGACCAGGCAGGCAAGUCGUCUGACAACCGAUCCCGUGGGUACCGAGGUGGCUCUGCCGGAGGCCGGGGCUUCUUCCGCGGAGGCCGAGGCCGGGGCCGUGGGUUCUCCAGAGGAGGAGGGGACCGAGGCUAUGGGGGCAGCCGGUUCGAGUCCAGGAGUGGGGGCUACGGAGGCUCCAGAGACUACUACAGCAGCCGGAGUCAGGGUGGCUAUGGUGACCGGAGCUCGGGUGGGUCCUACAGAGACAGCUACGACAGUUACGCUACACACAACGAGUAAAAAUCCUUCCUGCUCGAGAUCGUCCUUCCAAUGGCUGUAUAUUUAAAGAUUUUGGGAGCUUCGCUGAAUCGUUCAUGUGUAGUGAACACACCUCCUUGUAUGCCCACUUUUGUAGUUAUUUGAGUUCUGAUCUUGUCACACCCAGCCUGCCUGCUUCUGACCCCCGACGUGGCCUCAUCGGUAGACUUUUUUUUUUUUUUUUUAAAGGAAGCGCUGUCCGUUUUUAAGGGUUUUAAAAACGUUUUGAAAAGCUCUUCAGAUUUUCUUUUUUUUUUUUUUUUACCGUGAGCCAUGAAUUUUUAGAAAAAGUCGUCGGGGGUUAUGUGGGU